AUGCUAUCACUCAUUCUAACGAUAUUCUUUGUCCACGUCGCCAUAUAUUUGGUGAAUACCGUGGGCGCAACCACAAUUGAUACUCUGCUAUGGAUUCUAUACCUCAAGCUCCCUACAUCGACAUCGAAGAAUGCUCGCGAGCAGAGCCGACUGAAGCGCGAAGUCGUCCAGCUCAAGCGCGACAUGAACAACACGAGCUCCCAAGAUGAGUUUGCCAAGUGGGCUAAGUUGAGAAGGAAGCAUGACAAGAUUAUGGAUGAAUAUGAGACAAUGAACAAGAAACUCACGGCACAGAAAACCUCGUUUGACUGGAGUGUCAAGAUCGCUCGCUGGCUCAGCACCAACGGUCUCAAGAUGUUUCUCCAGUUCUACUACUCCAAGACUCCCGUCUUUGCGCUUCCGGCAGGCUGGUUUCCCUCCUACGUUGAAUGGGUACUGUCAUUCCCCCGAGCACCUCGUGGAUCGGUUAGCGUGCAAGUUUGGAAUAGUGUCUGCGCGACAGCGAUUGCCGUCAUGGCAGAGAUUGUUACCUCUAUGUUGCUGCAGAUGAGAAGUCGGACCGCAAGCCCUGCUUCGGCAGCAAAGGCUCAAAAGACGCAAUGA